AUGAACAUGCAAAAUGGGACAGCCGAGCAUACCCAUGGUCACAGUAACCAUGAUAUGUCCAUGUCCGCCAUUUUCACUACUGGAACCAAGGUAACUUUGUUCUUUGGUGGCUGGACGACCAACUCCGUGACCUCGUAUCUCCUCACACUGGCAUUCUUGUUCCUACUUGCCUGGUUCAAUCGCUUCCUUGGAGCACUCAAGUUCCAAGUGGAGCUUAAGAUCAAUUCUGUCCGCAAUCCUGGUCUUCCGGUGCCAAUUAUAGGACAACCACCCGCAUUGUAUCGGAGCCGAAUGAUCUCAAAAGAUCGAGUGAGUCCUCUCCCACGGUACAUGCAGGUCAACCCAAACGAUUCAUUCGACAGACCAUCGCCACCACCUCCAUCUCCUCCACCACUGUUGGACGACGAACGGAGAGAGUUAGUUCCCGGCAGUGUGAAACAAUCGCGUGUUCAAAAGUGCUUUGGCACGAUUUUCAGGAAAUGGGUCCCACGUGGCCCUUGGAGCUGGCAGCAAGAUGGAGGCCGGUCACUCCUAGAAGGCCUUCGCGCGCUGCUGGGAUAUAUCCUAAUGUUAGCAGUCAUGACUUUCAACGUAGGCAUCUUCUGCGCAGUACUGGCGGGCAUCGUGGUGGGUGAGCUCACUAUGGGGAGGUAUACUCAACAAGCAGCAGGCUGGCAGGACGGAUCAUGCCACGACGGAUAA